AUGCAUCUUGAUGAGGUGGUGUAUUUGUCUCUGCUAGUCUUUGAUGACAGAGAUUAUGCUUAUCAGACUCUGAAGGAGUAUACCCGGGAUCAACUACUAGAAAGCAUAAGGAUUGCUCAUUGCCUAGUAGAUCAGGGCACAGAGUUCUCUGAGGUGCAGCCAUUGAUCCAGGUUUGUGCUGAGUUGGCUCUGUCCUGUACCACUGAAAGCAGGGAUGACUUUUUUCCAUUUAGUGCAGAUCAAGUGGAAUCACUGAAAUGGUUGUUGGAGGAUCAUCCAGAUUGCUUCCAUGAGCAUUAUGCAGCUUGUCCAUCACAUGUGCUUAUGGAUUGCAUAAACGCAGUGCAGUCUUUGGUCAGACAGGCUAUCUGUAAGCUGAGCUUUGUUCAACCGGUAUUACAGACAUGGUCA